AUGGCCCCUGAAAUGGACCAGUUCUACAGGUCCACUAUGGCCAUCUACAAGAGCAUCAUGGAGCAGUUUAACCCUGCACUGGAGAACCUGGUGUACCUGGGCAACAACUACCUCCGUGCCUUCCACGCUCUGUCCGAGGCAGCUGAGGUGUAUUUCAACGCCAUCCAGAAGAUUGGGGAGCAGGCCCUGCAGAGCUCCACAUCACAGAUUCUGGGUGAGAUCUUGGUUCAGAUGUCGGACGCUCAGCGGCACUUGAACUCGGACCUGGAGGUGGUGGUGCAGACAUUCCACGGAGACCUGCUUCAGCACAUGGAGAAGAAUACCAAGCUGGACAUGCAGUUCAUCAAAGAUAGCUCCCAGCACUAUGAGAUUGAGUAUCGCCACCGAGCGGCCAACCUGGAGAAGUGCAUGUCUGAGCUGUGGCGCAUGGAACGCAAGAGGGACAAGAACGCACGGGAGAUGAAGGAGAGCGUGAACCGGCUGCAUGCACAGAUGCAGGCCUUUGUGUCCGAGAGUAAGCGCGCAGCCGAGCUGGAAGAGAAGCGGCGCUACCGCUUCCUGGCCGAGAAGCACCUGCUGCUCUCCAACACCUUCCUGCAGUUCUUGGGCCGGGCCCGGGGGAUGCUACAGAACCGCGUGGUGCUAUGGAAGGAACAGUCGGAGGCCAGCCGCAGCCCAUCACGUGCCCACUCUCCGGGGCUCCUGGGCCCAGCACUGGGGCCGCCCUACCCCUCGGGCCGCCUGACGCCCACCCGGCUGGACAUGCCCCCGAGAGAGUAUGGUUCCCCCCGCAGCCGGCAUGGCUCCGGCUCCUACGGCCCCGAGCCGGCCGAGGCGAGGUCCGCGUCCCAGUUGGAGCCAGACCGCCGAUCACUGCCCCGGACACCGUCGGCCUCUUCGCUCUACACCAGCAGCACCCAGCGCUCACGGUCCAAUUCCUUUGGCGAGCGCCUGAGCGGUGGGGGUGCCAGGAGAGUCCGCGCCCUAGUCUCCCACUCGGAGGGUGCCAACCACACGCUGCUGCGCUUCUCGGCUGGAGACGUCGUUGAGGUGCUGGUGCCCGAAGCUCAGAAUGGCUGGCUCUACGGCAAGCUGGAGGGCUCGUCCGCGAGUGGCUGGUUCCCUGAGGCCUAUGUGAAACCUUUGGAGGAGAUGCCAGUGAACCCCAUGAAGCCUGUGACCCCCGUGAACUCCAUGGCCCCCAUGAGCCCAAUGAAUGAACUGCCUUCCAGGUCCUACCCCCUCCGGGGAAGCCACAGCCUUGAUGACCUCUUGGACAGGCCAGGCAACCCUGCAGCAUCACCAGACUACUGGGAUAGCAAUUCCCGCUCCAGGACCCCGAGCCGCGUCCCCAGCCGUGCCCCCAGCCCCGCACCCACACCCUUGCCCAGCAGCAGGCGGAGCAGUGUGGGCAGCAUGGGGGCAGCCACCGACGUCAAGAAACUUAUGUCCUGGGAACACCAACCCCCAGAGCUCUUUCCACGGGGUACAAAUCCCUUUGCCACCGUGAAGCUGCGCCCCACUGUCACCAACGACCGCUCAGCACCUCUCAUCCGCUGAGGCCAUGUCCUCCACCGGGGCCUGAGGUGGCCCUGCACACCUGCCCAGGACUCCUCCAGCAGACAGCCGCCGCAGUGGACCCAAGAUGCCAGGCACUACCCAGGAGACCAUCUUUACCCCUCUGCCCGCAGCCCAGAAACUCCCUGAGGGCUGGGCCUGCAGCAUAGGGCAGGGUGAGGGGGUGGGGGCAUGGAGCAGCUGGUUGCUUUCAGGGAUCCCAAGACUCUCCCAAGAACCCAGCCUCUUGCCUCCCAUCUUCUUCCUGCCUGUGCCCCAAAGGGAAACACCUCCUCUUCCACCCCUGACCCCCACACAGCCCUUUUUAACUUUUGUAAAUGAUAAAAAUAAA